AGAUCUAGUAAGAUAUGUGUAGUGUUUCUAUAGCUAUAUAUUUAUAGCCCAUCUUAUAUCAAUGAAACCCUAGCUUUCUUGUUCUUUGCUUUCUUUUUAGACCAACUCCCAUAAAACAUAACAAGAAUAAAAUAACAAAAUAAUCCCAUUUUUGAUCUAUCUAUAUAUAUAUAUAUAUAUCAAAUCUAUAUAUAUAUAAGAAGAAAGAAGAAAAAAAAAGGUAUUUGGAAAUGUGGGAUCUAAAUGGAUUUCCUGGUCGGAGAAAGCAACUUGAUCAAGAAGAUAAUGAAAAGAAAGCCGAAGAUGAUAAGGGUAAACGGGUCGGUCCGGUAUCGAACUCGAGUUCAUCAGCCGUAGUCAUGGAAGAAGACGGUGGCUCCAACGAUGAAGAAUCGGAUAAAGGGUGUCCAAGAGAUGGAAACACUACUACUACCGGUGAUAGCCGGUUGUUUGGUUUUUCCAUGACGGAAAGUUCAUCAUGGGAGGGUGAUCUGCCGGUUACACGACAGUUUUUUCCAGUGGAUGAUUCUGAGGUGGGCCCCACUACAUCCACUAGUGGUGGUGGAGAUAUGAUACCUCCGCCGGUUACUAGUUUUCCUACUGCUCAUUGGUUUGGUGUCAAAUUCUGUCACCAGUCAACCGAUGGUGUUGCCGGUGUUACUGACGGGUUCGUCGGAAAAAAUAUUGCCGCCGUGGUUCCUCAACAGAUGAAGAAAAGCCGCCGUGGCCCGCGGUCAAGGAGCUCACAGUAUCGUGGUGUUACCUUUUACCGGCGAACCGGCCGGUGGGAAUCACAUAUAUGGGAUUGUGGGAAGCAAGUUUAUCUAGGUGGCUUUGACACGGCGCACGCAGCAGCUCGAGCAUAUGAUAGGGCAGCCAUCAAGUUUAGGGGAAUGGAAGCAGACAUAAACUUUAACCUUGAAGACUAUCAAGAAGACCUAAAACAAAUGCACAAUCUAACAAAAGAAGAGUUUGUGCAUGUGCUAAGGAGACAAAGUACAGGAUUUCCAAGAGGAAGUUCAAAAUACAGAGGUGUUACAUUGCAUAAAUGUGGUAGAUGGGAAGCUAGAAUGGGCCAAUUCUUAGGCAAAAAGUAUGUAUAUCUGGGUCUAUUUGAUACAGAAGUUGAUGCAGCCAGGGCUUAUGACAAGGCUGCUAUCAAAUGUAAUGGGAAGGCUGCUGUAACCAAUUUUGAUUCAAGUAUAUAUGACAAUGAGCUCAAUUUGACUGAAUGUUCAAGUAACAACAAUAGCCAUAACAAUGUAACAUCAGACCAUCACCACAACCUUGAUUUGAGCUUGGGUGGGUGCUUGGGAUCGAAUACGAAUAACAAUGUAGGAGAAAUGGGUCAUCUUGUAAAGGAUGAUCGCUACUCCAACUCAAUUCAACUUGGAUUUAGAUCCAUCGGCCAACGAAAUGACUCGGAAAAAAUACAGCUUCCAAGUCAUACAAAUCCUGAAUCGUAUACAAAUCGUAGUGAAGCACACGGAUACAAGGAUUUUUUGAGACCGCCGGUUGAUUCAUCUAUGCAUCAUAUGUUCAUUAAUCCACUAGUCUUCAACUCAUCAAGUCAUCAAUUUCCAAGCAGCAGUAUGGAAGGAGCAGGUAAUGAUUUGCCAGUAUCUUCAAGUGAAAAUAAUGUUAAUUACAAUGGACCCCCUCCACACCAAAUUUAUGCUGCAGCAUCAUCAGGAUUCCCACGGCCAAAAUUCAACCUUUGACCCUCCCGACAUUGCUGCAUAAACAAAUAUAUAUAUAUAUAUAUUGUUAUAUAUGUAUAUAUAUAUAUAUAUUCCUGUGUCACUUUUCAUGAAUCAUCGUCUCUCAAUUCAAGCGCCCCUCAGUAAAAACAGCAAAAAUGAAAUUAUUAAAGGUAAAUAAUCCAAGUAAUUAAUUAAGGUCAAUUUCAUAGUUGUGAGUGUGAGAUGAAACAAGAAGUAAUUUCAUACGAGUAAUAUACAUAUAUAUAUAUAUAUAUAUAGCUAGUUUCAAUUUGUAAAGAUGGGUCAAAUUCUUUAUAACUAUUUAAGGGGAGAGUAAUUGUAGGGAUGUAAUAAAUCUAAAUGUCAAUAUAGUUAGUAUAAUUUUAUUGGUCAUAUAUGAAGCUCAACUGGCUUCUUUAAUCGAUCUUUUGAUACGUACACUAGAAGGAAAAAGGACUCAUAGCCCUUAAUUAGAAUCAUCUAAGUAUCUAACGUUAGAAUAUGUCUCGUUGAAGUGGAAUUAGCACAAAUGUCUCGAUACCAGAAGAAGACAAACAUAUCUUUGGUAAGUUGGUGUCGACAAAUCACCCACUGACCCUCUACAACCUUUUCAAUGAGCAGCAAAUUAAAAGCAGUACUCUAUCUUUAGCCAAUUGAUCAUAUUACUUCUUCAUCUUUGAUUUAAAUCAAUAAGAACUAUUAAUAAUUGAGAAAACCUUUAGUGCAUGUUGCGAAUUAAAUCUGUUUUUCUUUUAUUUCAAUACACAAAACUAGCUAGGACCAACAGUUAUUAGAUGCCUACACACCAACGGCAAGACUAUAAGUCGUGCAUAGUGUAAAGUAAGUUUUAUUCUGAUUAUUGUUCUUUUGAAGAUGAAUAGUGAUCGAGAGGUUUAAAGAACGUAUAAUUAACAAGGUGAUAUAUUCAUACAUACUUAAUUUAUAGUGAUGACGUAGGUGGUGGUGGGGGCGGCAAUAAUGGGGACGGUGAUGGAGGCUACGAUGGUAGUGAAUAUAAAAGUAGUUGUUGUUAAGGGUGGUAUUAUAGUUAUUUUAAGUGUUGGAAAAUACUUUAAAUUAUUUCAUUAAGAGUAUUAUAAUUAUAUUAGAUGUAUAUGUUUAAGAAUAUUUUUGAUAUUUCAAAGGCAAAAAGUUUAAAGGAAAAAAAAAAUGGUUUUCGAUCUACGAACCAUAACACAAUGGGGGAUACUUGGUAAGACUUGUUAACACCUUGUGCUAUUCGCACGCUCCAAAUAUGUGAAGAUACGAUUCGUCAGCUCUAGAUAGUAUGGUGCUUGUUUAUUGGAAGCUUGUCACUCGAAAAAAAAAAUCUUAUCGUUUAAUAUGAUAAAUUGUUGGUUUUAGUUUUUGAGUUAGACAUAAACAUACUUGAUAGAUAUAUAUUGAAUUUGUAUGUAUUUGUGUAA